GUUCAACCCUCCAAGUCCAUAUCACAAGAGUAGAACUUCGUCGGUCUAAACCACCACAAGACGGCGGUUCAGGAUCACCUAAUAGAAAUGGUCUUCCCCGGAAUACAGGUAAAGAGACUCACUGGUUCUCUUUCUCUGUGAAGGGCAAUGCAAUCACUACAGCCGAUAAGCGACAAGAUAGAGAGCUCCAAACCACGAAGUGAUUAUUGAGGCUCUCGAGCUGUAUCUUGAGGCUGACUCUAAACUUUAACUUUCUUGAGGAUAUCCACUCUGAUGUGAUGUGGGUCACCUGUAUGUGAGGUCUUUCCAUUAGAUGGUUUCGCAAUGCUAGAAUACGGGUUGGUUCAUCACGUCCGGAAGGGGAACCAACAAUGUGAUUCGGCUGGACAAUGGAAGUGAGAUUAACAUUUCGGCGGCGCUUUAAAAUCAGGGAGUCCGCUUCGCAGUGAAGGAACAAGACGUGUAUUUACCAGCUUAUCUUGUAUUCUGGUCAACCCUUUCCUGGCCACUCUUUCACUCUUCCUGACACCACUGGCGAUAUGGUUCCUCCAGCCUCUGCCUUGAUGCCCACCGGGUAUAUGCCAAUUGACACAGUCGCAGAUGCACGUGCAGUUGUCACUCAGUGUAUCAAUGGAGAUCUACAGCUGGUUACCCACGACCCGGAUAUUCGAGAAGCUGCUCCAUUCUUAUGGCAGAACGCAGUCUUUGUCUUUGAAGUUAUGGGCCAAGUGUCCGGUCCACCCGCAUUCUUUGAGGAAUUCGAACCCAGAUUUUCCAUCACAGAUAUCCCGAUUGACACUCGAUCCAAUCUCAGACUGAAAUCUAUAACAGUCGUGGUGAACGGUCGAAGAUACUGCGUGCUUGUGACUUGCAACUCGCAGAACAUGGCGAAUUCGAAUCUGCAGCCCAGACAAGAGAACCAUCGUGGGCAUCCUGAUUCGCAAAUGCUUUGGCCCUCAGAGCUGAAACUAUCCGAAAUCCAUAAGCCGCUUGAAACAUAUACAGCAACAUUGGAGGCUACUCUUCAAGAUAUGAGAGGUUCAAAGAGUGGAAUGAAGACUACACGACGGCAUUGAAGAUAAGAGGGCAAUUUCAGCAGUGCCGAGACUUGAGCCGGGAUCAGUCUUUGGCCUUUAAAUAUCAUCUUUGUAUGAAGUUUUAGUAAUUAGUAACUAGGAUCCUGAAUCUCUCAUAAAGUCGAAUGAACUUCGCAAAUCCUGCGUGACGUAGCUUCCAGAUCAGCCUUGUCCAGGACAUACCUCUCGCA